CACCGCGUGCGCACGUCACACAUUUAACUCGCGUAAGCGGUCGGUAUCUCAGAUUUUUAUUAUCAUUGUUUACGUCUUGACGUUAUUAUCUAAACUUACUAACAUGAGUUCCGGAAAGUGUGGCCAAUGUGACGAGCUACUCACGGAAGGAGUACACUGCGCUGCUUGCGAUGCGGAUUUGCAUUUCCAUUGUGCCGGAGUGACUGAGGUAGGAUAUCGAAAGCUGGGAGACAGGAGAUCAACUUUUCGUUGUCAAAAAUGUAAGCAGACGGGUAAUAGGGCACUAUCUCCGACUCCGGUACCCUCUGCGGCUGCUACUGACGCAAAUUAUUCUACACUUCUUAUGGAAAUUAGGCAAAUAGCUAAGAAGAUGGAGCCCUUGGAGAAGGUGGCUGAGAAUGUGGCAGCCUUGAGGCAAGAAAUCUCUGAGCUGAAGACAUCAGUUGCUGAAUCCAGAAGUGAAGUAAAAGCUUGCAAUGAGAGGGUUACGAAAGUUGAAAUCCACCUGGAGAGGAUAGACAUGGAUAUCCACGAGCGUGAUCAGUGGUCCCGCAUGAAUAACGUUGAGGUAAAAGGAGUACCGCAAGGUAAAAAUGAAAACCUCUUCAAUAUCAUGAAGACUUUGGGGGAUAAGAUUAAUUACAAGAUAGAUAAAAGUUAUUUUAACUUUUAUACUCGAGUCCAGUCUAUGGAUCCAAAAAAUCCUAAGCCCAUCAUUGCGUGCUUCCAUAGUAGGUACGUCAAAGAGGAUUUUAUAGCUGCAGCAAGGUUAUACAUGAAGAGUUCACCUUUGGCGUCAUCGGACUUGGGACUCGCCGGAAACUCGAGGAUAUUCGUGAACGAUCACCUGACGGCUCGAAACAAGGAUCUUUUAGCAAAAGCCAAAAAGGCGGCCCGGGAAAUGGACUUCAAGUAUAUAUGGGUGAAGCAUACAAAAAUAUUCUUGCGGAAAACCGAUACCUCACCUAUAUUAAACAUAAAAUCGGAAAAGGAUCUUCUCAAAAUUGUUUAGGGGCUAGUUUUGUUUUGUUUUUGUUUGUUAAACCUUUAAUAAAUGCACAAUUUCAUAAUUACCUUACGAUAUUUUUAUUUAUUGCGGAACAGUGGA